AUGAACCGAAGCCACAAGGCGGUCACGCCAUUGGCGAUCCUGGCGAUGAUGGCAUUCUACCAGGAGUGGAACUACACCGCCUGGAUCUACCUGGCCACGCACGGCACGUAUGCCCUUCUGUGGGUGUACAAGGGGUUCACAUUUCCUGAUCGGCAGUUCCUGGUGCCCUGUAGCAUACCGUAUGGGGUGUUCUACGUGUGGCUGCCCCUGUCGCUGUACUGGAUUGCUGGUUGGCUGGUCAUGUCGCGCCACGUGCAAGCCCCGCCAUGGUACCUGGCAAUGUGCGUGUCGCUGACUGCCACUGGGAUCUUCUUCCACUACGUGGGCGACAUGCAGAAGCACAUGCACAUGCAGUACCGCAAGGGGACCCUGCUCACCGAGGGCGUGUGGGCAGGCUGCCGGAACCCCAACUAUUUCGGCGAGCUGCUCAUCUACUUGGGAUUCGGGUUGUUGGCCAUGCAUUGGCUGCCUAUGGCCAUUCUUGGAACAAUGGUGGUCGGGCUUUGGAUUCCCAACAUGCGGCUGAAGGAUAAGUCAAUGUCCCGCUACCCGGAGUUUGCCGCCUGGAAAGCGCGAACAGGCAAGAUUGUUCCCUACCUCCUCUAAGUCCUUUGCUGCAGUUAUAGUCCAAGGGGCACUAGUUAGACCCUACAUUGCCAUUUAAAGGGGCACUGUGAUUACCCGGGUGCCAAUCUUUCGCUAGCUGGACAGAAUUGUUGUUGAAGUGGUCAGACCCUAGAUGGCUGCUGAAGGGGCAUUUGUGAGUAGCCAGGGUGCCAACUAAUCGCUAGAUGGUCGGAACUGUUGCCUUAUUGUAUCGACGCCGCCCAAUGUACCCUUGUUUGCCUUGAUAAGUUCACAUUCCUAGCAGCUUCAAAGUUGAUUCCAAAUCCACCCCCUGGAUCAUCAUUCCAGACUUCCAUAUGUUUCCAUGAUACAGCGUAGUAGGAACAGACGAUCGUGACGGUUCUAUUGAUGUCGGUUUCCUGACAAACCUCGCAAAUUAUGUGUGAAAUGCACUAUUAAAAAUGGAUCAACCGAUUGGGCAAAGCAGUAAAAACAGGAUUGAUAGACCGAAUUGAGCAACUUGACCUCAACUCACAAUCCCAAUGAUUGAUGAAAGAUUCAAGGAACAAUUGCAUGACACUAGGUGCCAUCUCAAGAUGCUAAAGCUGGCAGUUGUUG